GGGGGGGGAGUUGGAGGGAGGGAAGGAGAAGGAGAAAUCAUCUGCGAGAGGAGAGCUGGAAGACCUCUCCGUCCUCCAACUUCCCCGAGAGAGCGUGGAUGCUGGAAGGAGCCCCUUGGAUAUGGGAUCAUAUCUGGUUUAUCACAGCCUGGGUUUGAUCCUCUGCUGCUCCGUGCUGAGCUCGGUCUACGCUCUGGUGGAUGCUGAUGAUGUCAUCACCAAAGAGGAGCAGAUCUUUCUACUGCUAAAAGCCAAGGCCAAGUGCGAGCGACACCUGAAAGCCAAGGUGCCCAAGGUGCAUGAUGGCUUUUGUCUUCCUGAGUGGGAUGGUAUUGUCUGCUGGCCAGAAGGUGUGCCGGGCAAAGUGGUGGCUAUGCCGUGUCCUGAAUACAUCUAUGACUUCAAUCACAAAGGCCAUGCUUAUCGCCGGUGUGACCUGAAUGGAAGCUGGGAGCUGGUUCCAGGCAACAACCGCACCUGGGCAAACUACAGUGAAUGUGCCAAGUUCCUCACCAACGAGACAAGGGAGAGGGAGGUCUUUGAUCGCCUCUAUUUGAUUUAUACUGUUGGAUACUCCAUCUCUCUGGGAUCCCUCACAGUUGCUGUCCUUAUCCUGGGAUACUUCAGGCGUUUGCACUGCACUAGAAACUACAUCCACAUGCACCUGUUUGUCUCCUUCAUGUUGAGAGCUGUGAGCAUCUUCGUGAAGGACGCGGUCUUGUACUCUGGGUCAGCCUUGGAGGAGAUGGAGAGGAUUUCUGAGGAAGACCUGAAAUCCAUAACUGAAGCACCUCCAGCAGAUAAGUCACAGUUUGUGGGUUGCAAAGUAGCAGUUACCUUCUUCCUCUACUUCCUGGCAACCAAUUACUACUGGAUUCUGGUGGAAGGGCUUUAUCUCCACAGCCUCAUCUUCAUGGCUUUUUUCUCAGAGAAGAAGUAUCUCUGGGGAUUCACGUUAUUUGGCUGGGGACUCCCUGCUGUAUUUGUUACAGCGUGGGCCAGCGUGAGAGCCACUCUAGCCGACACAGAGUGUUGGGACUUGAGUGCUGGCAAUUUAAAAUGGAUUAUUCAGGUGCCCAUCCUGGCAGCUAUCGUGGUAAAUUUUAUUCUUUUUAUCAAUAUUAUCAGAGUCCUAGCAACCAAGCUACGGGAAACAAAUGCAGGGAGGUGUGACUCAAGACAACAGUACAGGAAGCUGCUGAAAUCUACCCUCGUCCUUAUGCCUCUGUUUGGCGUUCACUAUAUUGUUUUCAUGGCUAUGCCAUACACAGAUGUGUCAGGGAUUCUUUGGCAAGUUCAAAUGCACUAUGAAAUGCUGUUCAACUCUUUCCAGGGAUUUUUUGUUGCCAUCAUAUACUGUUUUUGCAAUGGAGAGGUCCAGGCAGAAAUAAAGAAGUCAUGGAGCAGGUGGACAUUAGCACUUGAUUUUAAAAGGAAAGCACGAAGUGGGAGCACAACCUACAGUUAUGGACCAAUGGUUUCCCACACCAGCAUCACAAAUGUAGCCACGAGGGGGGCACUUGCCCUUCAUCUCAAUACAAGACUUAUACCAGGGACCCUCAAUGGACACCGGAAUUUACCAGGUUAUGUAAAAAAUGGCUCUAUUUCUGAAAACUCUAUGCCUUCUUCUGGACCAGAGCAGUACAACAAAGAUGAAGAGUACCUGAAUGGCUCUGGGCUUUAUGAUGGAGACAGACCCACAGUACUUGUUGAAGAAGAAAGAGAGACAGUGAUGUAAGGAGAAGAAGAAACAAAAGGAUGAAAAAGGUUCCUGGAGAGCAUUUAGUGGGCAAAAGAAUAUCAGGCCACACAAUGGAUGCCAAGGGUUUCCAUGCCUUUUCUCUGUUCUGUGGAACAAGAGGUUAAGUUAUAUGGAAAAAAAAAAAAAAGCCACCAACGUGGCCAGUGGUUGAUCACACACAUAUACCCAGUGAUCUCAGUCUCCCCAGUGUUAAUGGAGGCAGGGCUAUCCACAGGCCUUGCUACAUGCUGAACAACAGAGAUACUGAGAGUUUGUGGGGAGGGUUGCACAGCAGCACGCGGUCCUUUCACUUCUUGGAGAACUUGGGCAGUCAAGGAGGAUGGGAAUCUCACCCAGUAAAGCAAGAGUCUUGCGGGGAGCGUACAUUGUCAUCUUCUUGCAAGGGUACAAGCCACCUGAGCAUCAGUGUCUUUGGUUUGGUUUGCUCUGUCCUUUUUGAAUCUGUCUGGUAACACACAUGAGAAUGACCAAGGCCCUUUGGGUACCAUACCUGUCCAUUCUUGCAGCCAAGUUCUUAAUGUGCACAGCUUGGUACAACUUGGGACAUGUUCUUCCCUUGGGCAUUCUCACUCCUUGGCAAACAGGGGCAGGUUUAACAGCUCAUGGUCACUAGAUGAAGGCAAAAAACUACAUUCUUCUUUCCUUGACUUGAGUACCAUAGCAAGCCAGAAACCAGUGCAAUUUUAAGAUGGGAAAUGCAGUUAACAGAGUGUGUGACAUCUUUUGUGUGACAUUUUCAGUCUUCCAGAUCCAGCAGUAGAGAUAGGCCCAGUCUGCCUGCUCCCAGGCAUUUUUAGAUGGGGAGGGUGUUUGCAGAUCUUCAGCUGUGUGUCUGUGUGUGCGUGUGGCUAAAAUCAGCUCAGAAGGUCGCUAUCUCAGCCUCCCUCUUUGUGGAUGCUCAUGGAAACAAACAUCAGUAAUGUUCUUAUAAAGUUACACAUUUCUUCUCAUUCUCCCCUCUAAAUUACUUGUUUCUCACUAAUCCAAACACUCAUGAAGAGAAACACGAGAUGCUGGAUACAGUCAGGCAAGCUUGCUUUCAUGAGGUUCAAGGGCAAAAUCUGCUGGGUGUAAGCACAGAGAUGGCUCGUGGACAGUCACCUUCUGAGCAUCUUCUUUCUUUCCCAUUCUUAGUGGUCGAGACAUUCAAAUGAAUCACACAUACCUACAGACAUCUGGCCAGCAUCUUUGCUGGUGUGAUUAAGUAUAAUUGCAGCCAAAGUCACUGAUUUUGCCCAGAGACGCUUAGAAGAGGAAAUAUUGGGGUUGCCUGAGAAGGGAAGAGCAGAAGAAAAUUUAGUUUAGAUGUUCAGAAGAAAAUCUUUAAUCAGAGAGUGGAGAUGCACUGGU